UGUUCAUAGGAAAAUGACUUGUUUGUUUCCCAUUCCAGCUUUCUUCUUCUUGGCCAUUAUUCUUCAGAUUGCUAUUCAACAAUCCUUGGCUUGGGGACAUUUUGAUCCUACAAAAGGAUUCAUCUCCCUUCCCUUCAAUAGAUCAUACUACCACAUCCAAAAGCCCUACGAUUUACCUGAAGAUCAGCGUUAUAGCUUCAUCAAUGGAGUUCACAAGUGUUGGGUAUACUCCGCAGACAAACCUCACAGUCUGACAAGCCGAACACCUGCUCGUACCGAAAUUGCUAUACAAGGUUACAACUACUCAUCGGGGAAUUGGCAAUUUGAAGGAUACGGAUACAUACCAUAUGGGACCUCAGGCGUGUGCAUAAUGCAAAUCUUUGGAGCAAGACCUCACGCCACAACCCUGAUGCUUACAGUUCAUAAUGGCACACUCUCAUACUACUCGUCUACUGUGCUGGUCCCAUAUAUCUAUGACGAAUGGUUCAGAUUAAAUGUGAUUCAUGACGUAGAUGCCUCGAAGGUUAAGGUUUACAUCAAUGGAACACUCAAAAUAGAGGCAAAUGGUCGUGGAGGCACUUCUCAUACCUUUAAAUGUGGUGUUUAUGCUCAGAAUGUAAGUUCAUAUUAUAUGGAGUCUUGUUGGAAGGGCAUCAAAAUUUUGACAAGGUGUGAUUGAAUUUAGAUUGUAGUUAUAACAAAUUCAAUAGUUUCUGUAAUAUCUAAAUUUGAGAGACAAUUAGGGUAGGUGGGUUGAUCUUUUGAGUCUCUCCAUCUACCUCGCUCUUUUAAAAUUAUUUACUAUUAUGGUGAUAAAUUAGAGAGGACUGCUUUCCACUAU